AUGUCGCGAAAGGUAGCCCUAGUCACAGGUGCAUCCAGAGGCCUUGGAGCCGCCAUUGCCCGCGCUCUCGCCCGGGAUAUGGACAUCUUGAUCAACUAUAGCUCUGACCUUGCACCAGCAGAGACUCUAAUCCAAGAUCUGAGGGCAGAAAACAGCGACAGGAAGCCCACCCCGCAGUUCACAGCAGUCAAGGCCAAUCUGGCUGACAGGGCGGGAAUCAAUGAUCUCGUGGAACAGACAAUUCAGACCAUGGGCCGACUAGACGUCGUCGGUUCGAAUGUGGGAUGGACGCGCAUGACGGAUUUCAUGGAUCUUGAUGAGGCGGAUAAUGAUAUCGAUUGGGAUAGGUGUUUUGACAUGAACGUCAAGAGCCACUUUUACCUGUUCCAGGCGUGUCGGCGGUAUCUGGCGGAGAGCGAGGGCUCGUUUAUUGCAACAGCCAGUGUGGCUGGUGUAAAACCAAGCGGGAGCUCUCUGCCGUAUGCAGUUACAAAGGCUGCAUUGAUCCAUCUGGUUAAGAGUUUGGCUGUCAUUGCGGCGCCGAAGAUCCGAGUCAAUGCGGUCUCCCCGGGGGUUUUGCUGACAGACUGGGGUCGCCAGUUUUCAGAGGAGAAGUUGCAUGCCGUACAGGAGAAGAAUCUGUUGAAGCGCUUUGCUACCCCCGAGGUAUAUCAGCUACUUUUGCUCUGGUGCCGCAGCUAA